AUGAUUGAUAAUCGUCUCUUCGUAAUUAUUAUUAUUAUUGGUUUUUCAUUUACAUAUUCGGCCGUCGUUAAUUCGAAUUCAAAUAAAUAUUCGAAAAUUUCAAGUAGAACAUGGGAUCAAGCCAUUGCAAUGGCUAAAACAUUUGUUUCACAAUUAACAUUAGAAGAAAAAUGUAACAUGACAUCUGGUAUUCCAGGUCCAUGUGUUGGUAAUGUUUUUCCUGUAUCACGUUUGAAUUUUAAUGGACUCUGUUUCCAAGAUUCACCAUCUGGUGUUGGUGAUGGAGUUUUACAUUCAACUGCAUUUGUAGCUGGUAUACAUAUUGCAGCUACUUGGGAUCGAGACUUAUUCUAUAAACGUGGUGUUGCAAUAGGUAAAGAAUUUCAAGGUAAAGGAGUUCAUUUUGCUUUGGGUCCAAUGAUGAAUAUUGAUCGAAAUGCUCGACAUGGUCGUAAUUGGGAAGGAUUUGGUGCUGAUCCAUAUCUUUCGGGAGAAAAUUCAUUCUAUUAUGUUCAAGGUAUUCAAGAUCAAGGUGUUGUUGCAACUGCUAAACAUUAUAUUUGUAAUGAACAAGAAACCAAUCGUUUCUAUGGUAUAUCAAGUAUAAUAAGUCAAUCAAGUUCAAGUAAUUCUAAAGGUUAUUCAGCCAAUCUUGAUGAUAAGACAAUACAUGAAAUUUAUCUUUGGCCAUUUGCAUCUAGUGUAGCUGCUGGUGUAGGUUCUAUUAUGUGUUCAUAUAAUCAAAUUAAUGGUACACAAGCUUGUCAAAAUGAUAAAACAUUAAAUGGACUUUUGAAAGAAGAACUUGCAUUUCUUGGUAAUGUUAUGUCUGAUUGGGGUGCAACAAAAACUGGUGUUGAAUCAGUUUUAGGAGGUUUAGAUGUAGAUAUGCCAGGUGGUGAUGGACUUAUGGGUUUUGCACUUGUACAAGCUGUUCAAAGUGGAGUAAUUACAGAAACAAGAAUUAAUGAUAUGAUUACUCGAAUUUUAGCACCUUAUUAUCUUCUCGAACAAGAUCAAGGAUAUCCAUCACUUGAUUUAGAUCGAGAUGCUAUUGGUGAUAAUUAUAAGAUUAAUAGACAAGUUGGUACUGCUGGCAUGGUUUUGCUUAAAAAUAAAAACAACAUUUUACCAUUUAACGUUACUACAGAUAAAUAUUUUUUUAUUUAUGGAACAGCUGCCGGUCAAUCUGAUGAAGGUUUUAGUUCAGGUGGUUCGGAACAGCAUGCAGGUGCAUUAUAUCAAGGUGGAGGUUCGGGCUUUGUCGAUCCGACGUAUGGUAUUGAUCCUCUUACUUCACUUUUGAUAAAAGGUCGAGAUUCACAUCUUCAAAUUCGAUAUAUUACUAAUCAAAAUGAUUAUAAUGCUAUUAAUAAUUCAUUCAAUUACCGUGGCUUUUCUAAUGCAAAAUGUCUCGUUUUUAUUAGUGCUUGGUCAUCAGAAGGAUCAGAUAGAAAAGAUCUUCAUGCUUUAAAUAAUGGUGAUAAACUUGUUCAAACUGUUGCUUCUCAUUGUACUAAUACUGUAGUCAUUGUUAAUAGUGUUUCACAACUUAAUCUUGAAGCAUGGAUUGAUCUUCCCAAUGUAGUCGGUGUUAUUUGGUCAGGUAUGCCUGGAUCUGAAUAUGGACCAGCUAUUGUCGAUGUUCUCUUUGGUGAUUACAAUCCAGGAGGUAAACUUAUUUUUACAUUAGCUAAAAAUGAUUCUGAUUAUGGUACUGACAUUAGUGAAACAUAUAAUUCCAAUUAUACUGAAGGUGUUUUCUUAGAUUAUCGUCAUUUUGAUAAAUAUAAUAUUGUACCUCGAUAUUAUUUUGGAUAUGGUCUUUCAUAUACAACUUUUUCCCUCUCUAAUCUUAAUAUUUCAAAAGCUAGAAGAGGAAAAUAUACUGCUUCAUCACAAUAUCAACAAAAUCGAAUGAGAUUUUAUAUUAAUAUUGCCGCUUUAAGAAUUUAUAGACCCGUCUAUGAAAUAACAUUUACUAUCACUAAUACUGGUAAAUUUUAUGGUUCCGAAGUACCUCAACUCUAUCUUGGAUUUCCAGAUGAAGCACAAGAACCACCAAAAGUAUUACGAGGCUUCGAAAGAGUAUAUUUAGUACCAGGUGAAUCAGAACAAAUAUCAUUAGUAUUAACACAAAAGGAUAUUUCAUAUUGGAAUGUUAUUAAUCAAAAAUGGACUGUUGCUUCUGGUGUUUACACAGUUUGGAUUUCAACAUCUGCUAAUAAUGCUGACAUUAAACUUCAAAGUUCUUUUACGAUUUAA